CUAGGCUUAUUCUUGUACAGAGAUUUUAGGAGGAGCUAGGGCUUAUAGGUAGGCGUGCGCGGGGUGGGCGGCGCCAUGGUGCAGGCGAUCAAGGGCGUCCUGGUGAGCUGCGACAUACCCAUGGCGCAGUUUGUCAUUCACAUGAACGACCAGCUCCCCGCGGCCCAGCAGUUUAUCAUCUACGUGCUGGAUGACACUAACAUCUUCGUGCAGCCCAAUGUGGUGGACAUGAUCCAGAAGCGGCUUCAGGAGUUUAGGGACCAGAACACGUACGAGAAACCACUCCAGGCCUAAGGGCUUUUGUAACCCCCUCCCCCCCUCUUUCCCACCACCGCCAUGAAAGGCCUCCUGCCCGACAGCAGGAGCAUUUUCCUCAA